GUACGGGCGGUGGGCGGGGCUUGGGAGACUCCGGGCCUGAAGGUGGACGCGCAGGUCCCACCUGGAAGCUGUCGUCAUGGUAGCCCCGGUGGUGGUGUACCUGGUGGCGGCGGCUCUGCUUGUCGGCCUUAUCUUCUUCCUGACUCGCAGACGGGGCCCAGCGGCAGCAGCCAGCGGAGAGCCACUGCACAAUGAAGAGGCAGCAGGCCGAGCAGCCCAGCCUCGGCCCCUGGAGCCCGAGGAUCAGAGGGCUGGGGGUAGACCCCGGCACCGCAGGGACCUGGGCAGUCGUCUGCAGGCCCAGCGUCAAGCCCAGCGAUUGGCUAGGUCUGAGGUGGAUGAGAAUGAGGAGGAGGUCAUCAUCCCAGCCCAUGAGGAAGAAAGUGAGAAGCCAGCAGAAACUCACCCGUCAGGGAAAAUUGGAGCCAAGAAACUACGGAAGCUGGAGGAGAAACAAGCACGAAAAGCCCAGCGCGAGGCAGAGGAAGCUGAGCGUGAGGAGCGGAAGCGCCUUGAGUCUCAGCGUGAGGCAGAGUGGAAGAAGGAGGAGGAGCGGCUUCGACUGGAGGAGGAACAGAAGGAGGAGGAGGAGAGGAAAGCCCGGGAGGAGCAGGCCCAGCGGGAGCACGAGGAGUACCUGAAACUGAAGGAGGCCUUCGUGGUGGAGGAGGAGGGUGUGAGCGAGACCAUGACCGAGGAACAGUCCCACAGCUUCCUGACAGAGUUCGUCAACUACAUUAAGCAGUCCAAGGUUGUGCUCUUGGAAGACCUGGCUUCCCAGGUGGGCCUGCGGACUCAGGAUGCCAUAAACCGCAUUCAGGACCUGCUGGCCGAGGGGACUCUGACAGGUGUGAUUGACGACAGGGGCAAGUUCAUCUACAUUACCCCGGAGGAGCUGGCUGCUGUUGCUAACUUCAUCCGGCAGCGGGGCCGGGUGUCCAUCACUGAGCUUGCCCAGGCCAGCAACUCCCUCAUCUCCUGGGGCCGGGAGCCCCCUGCCCAGGCCCCAGCCUGACCUAGCCCAUCUCUCUUGGACUCAGAGCCGGGACAGCCUACCUGACCGUAUAUCUUUAUUCCUGGCCACCAUCCUAGGGCAGUGGUGGGGCGUGGCCAGGCAGUUCUAGAUUAAAGGCCUGUGAGUACUGCUGAGCUUGGUGUGGCUUGGUGUGGCAGAAGGCCUGGCCUGGGAUCCCAGGUGAGCAGGUGAAAUCUAAGUCUUGAAAUGUACCGUUGUGGGGGGCGGUCAGGGGGAGGGUGGAGUAUCCUGCCGAAGCAGAUGGAAGUUUCCUUCUUAUCAAGUAUUCAUUCACUUAUUAAAAAAAAUACUGGGCAUUUAUUAUGCUCCUUCCUACCCUGCAAGCCAGGCUCCCAAGGCCUGGAAAAGGUCUUUCUCCCCUUCCUUCCCUCUUCUCAGAAUAAAAGUGAGGAACCUCUUAGGCCAUGUCUCCCCUAACUGGAGUGGGAGGUCUCACCACUUUUUAUAUGGACUCCGGAGCCCUAAGGAAGGCUGAGAGCCCUUAGGGAAGGAGUUAAUGAGCACGCCAAAGGAAGAGUCCUAGGGACGUUAGCCUUUAAGAACGGGGGAAGGGAGGUCAUGGAGGGCAAGAGGCUGGGCCAGAUGCUUGUGGGGCAGAUGAAAGGAAAGGGGGACCUGCUGGAGCCGGACGGAGUUAUGCCGUGCAGGCGCAUCGCUUCAUACAGCACAUCACAUGAGUUCCGCUCUACAUUUUUGACACAAAGUCUAAGUGGUGUGGGUGAUUCCACCCACUAGUGGGUGCGAGGACCAUAUGCUCGGGAGUAGGUGUGAGAUGGGAGAUACGUGUCUGCUGUAGGGUCAGUCACUCUGGGUCCUGCAGGCUGUUCGUGGCAUGAGCAUACUGCUGUGCUGAGGGUGAGACAUGUGCUUAACUAUGUAUACCUUAGGCAAGGCGGCCCCUAGACAUAAACCACCUACUUGUGAUGCCUGGUGGUGGAGGCAUCAGCUUUCUGUUCUGGCGCAGGAGGAAAUUCUAUGGGGAUGGAGAUGGGGAGACAGGAAGGACAUCAGGCUCCAGGGCGGGGCCUUCCUGAGGGGUUGUCAAGGGUGAUUUUCACUCAUUUAGUGUCAGAGCAUUAACUGGAGAACCUGGAGAUUCCAGGUAUGGUGCAACUUUUCUACUUCUGCCAGCAAUAGGCACUUGGAGUCAUCCAGAGCUAGGAAGGGCCACCUGCAUUGUUCAGAAGGCCAUCUGGGAGCCCACAGUCUAGUGGGAGAGGGAAGGAACAGACGUAGGUACCCACAGCCCGAGACAGAAACAGAAACUUCCAAGGGGAGAAGAGAUGACUUACAGUGAGAGCAGUGGUUCUCGGCCAUUUGCUCAGUAGUGUCGCACGGGGGUUCGACAGCAGCCUCCCAGCAGACCGCACCUCAGACUUGCUCACGUGGACUCCUGGGGUGGAACCCAGCCAGGGAGCCUCACUGGGAGAUUCAGCGUGCAGCCGAGGUUGAGAGCCAGUGAGGAGGUUGGGGGUGGGGUGCAGAGGCAGGCCAUAAGGUUGCAAGUAAUUAAAAUCCCCACUGGAAGGGGUUUCUUACAGACCAAGACAGCGGCUCUAUGGGUCUCUUCUAUCCCUUCCCUCAGCUGUCCUCAGCCACUUCCAUCCAGGUAGCUAGACGGUUAUGACAGCCCCAUCAAGACACUGCCCACAG